AUGGAUAACCGUGUGCCAUACUUCGUCUAUAGGCACAUCUUAGUAGAGAAAGUUCUAGCUUCUGACGGGUCAGUGGUUCCUAUGAUGGUGAAGAAUCAUGGAAGUCCCUACGGAGUUUACUGGUACUUAAGCGACAAGAAUGACUUUUCGCUCCGAGCACUGGAGAAGACAGCGCUUAAGAAUGUUAUGAACCAUGUCGCAGGGUACAACACAGCAAACGGGGACAAAAAGAUCCUUAUUGGUGUGGACAUCAGUAACGAAGGUCUCGUCGACAAGAUACAGGCCGGAACAGGUGGCGGCACCAUUUACGAGAAUCCAGCAACCUGGUCUGCUCGGUCUGCGUUUGCAUCUGAGGCGGCUUUCGUUCAACGCACUAUGUGGGAAUUUCAAGUCAAUCUAGCCAACGCGGUUAAAGAGUCCAACUACCCAGUCUGGACAAGAUCAAAUAUCAACUCUGCCCUCAGCGUGCAGGUCACCUAUAACGAGGCGAUGCGGGCCAACGGUGGUACCAGUGUCGAUUUCUGCGGCUUGGACCCCUACAUUUCAAAUGUCACGCAGUUAUGGGAGUUUGGUCAUCAGCAGGUGACCAUUGGCGGUACUAACGUGAACUGGGCCAUGGGAUCUAAUGUGCCAAUGAUCAUGGAGAACGGCGGCGAAUAUACCACGUCUGAGUGGCUCAUUCUUUCCACGCUUGCCGGCGGUGGCUACUACAAUGUUUACGACUUGAUGGACCAGGAGACCUACGGUAUGUGGCUUCCAGCGAACAGGGCGGCUGGCAACUUUACCCCAGUACCUCGCGGAUCCUAUAUGACGGGUGUCAUUAGCACAAAUCAAAUCCUCAAGUCUCUCUCUGCGGACCUUGCAACAAAAGUGCCCAAUGGAGCGGGGGGUACCGAUAUGGUCUUUUUCAAUGCGCUUAAUGCCAGCACCAACUUGACGGAUAGCCUGUGGUCGAUCCCUGUUUCAUACUCGCCCACGAGUGGCGCUGUUGGCAUCGGUAUCGUGAGGAGUGACGUAGCCAUCUUGCUUGCAACAACCCGCAAAGCCAACUUCACCCUCAGUGACAUCGCGUCGUACGGUAUCGCCUCUGUUCAGCAUGGCAGUUACUCCAGUGCCGGAAACUGGGUCUCCAGUGGAAACCAUGCGUACACUACCAGUGGGCAAAACAUUACCAUCCAGCUCACCCAAGGUACCCUUGUUCACAUUGAACUCAGGAAUAAAAUGUCCAAAUAA